AUGUCAUAAGUGAAAAAAAGCCUAUUAAAAGUAGAGAAACUUUAAUUUGUUAUCUUCAUUAAUAAAUAGUUAAUUUAAGUGGAUUAUAAUGAGUAAAUUACUGUAAGGGAUAUUCUUGAUUUUAUUAAAAGGAUACAUAAUAUUUCAAACUCUGAUAUCUUUUUGUAUUUAGCAAAAAAAAGUGGUGAAGCCAAGUUAUCUUUCCCUGCUUUAAAAAGAAAUAGAAAAUUAAUUAAAAACAAAUGA